AUGAUGCAGCCCGGAUCGAGUCCUCCAGAUCAGGCCCGUACCCAACUUAGCAUGCAGUUAAUUCCUGGACAGGACACUGAGCUCUCUGCCGAGUUAAUGAGCAGUACCAGUCCAGUUAUGAGCGCUUACUUGCAACAACCGCACUAUCCGCAUGUUUCAACUGGUAGUCCUACUCUUUUAAAGAAAGCUGAUUCACCUGUCACAUCAUCUCGGAACUCUCCGGAGCCAGAUGAGACUGAUUUGGAGGGACACUAUUUGGGGGCAUCCUCCGGGGUCUCGUUUUUACUCCGUGUACAGAAAAGGCUUCAUGAUAAUUUCCGGAUUUCUGCCACCGAGACAAUAUUCAACUUUGGCGAUGCUCCUCUUCCCACAUGUGACUCCCAUUUCCUGGUACUCCCGCCCAUUCGGGAGGCCAAAGUACUCGUUGAUCGAUAUUUUGAUUUCUCAUUUCCUACUCAUCGUUUUCUCCAUCAGAAAACAGUCGAGACAUGGCUACAGGACUUCUAUUCAGGAUUGAAUGAAACGAGCAACAUUGUUGACCGCGCAGUGAAAGCUGUCAUCUUGAUGGUUCUGGCGCAGGGCAAGCAGUAUCUGUCAGAGGACGAUGGAUUGGUUGCUGAAUCAGUGAAAAGGUAA